AUGGGGUGUGGAGCAUCGAAAGAGAGCACUGAAACAGCAGUAGGGAACGUCGCGCAGAGUGUGAGAGCGGCGAAUUGCAACAAAAGCACCUCUUGUGCCUUGGCAGCAGCGAAGAGAAACGAAGAAGUCGCUGCUCGAUCGCCCUCGCCGGCUCCACGGCCACAGAUUGUCCCGAGUUUCAGAGAUUCCAGUUCUUCGCCCCGGCCUACGAGCGAUUCAAUCGCGACGCAACUUGGAAGUGACGUGCAAUCCGCCGCUACUCUCGACUCCGGGGACUUCCCAGCUGCUGCUCAAUUCGCCGAGCCUGGCUUGGAUUCCUCCGCUACUGCCGAAGUAGUGGACACUGCCGAGGUUGUGGAAACCGCCCAAGUUUUGGAGGCCGAGAUCCUGGAGCCUGCCUUGGAUACUUCCACUGCUGCUGGAUUGAUCAGAGCUCUAUCGCCACCACCCGAGUUCCAACUCUGCUACUCCUGUCAAUCGGUGAUAGACAAGUUGGAGGAGAGGAAUGUAGCAGUGAAUAUAAACUUCACUAGUACCUCUUCGUUACUCUCGGCGAGGAGACAGCGGCUUAGCAGAACACCAUCGCCGGCUCCACAGCCAAACGUCACGGAUUCCCGAGCCUCCACACCGAAAAGCACUGCUGCCGCUGAGCCGAUCGCCGCGGCUUCACAAGAGCUUCUUCCUCCCGACGAUCUCGUUGCCUCGGCAGCCUUAGCCGCCGAGUCGAGAGCUUCAUCCAGAGCCUCGUCAAGAGCUCCAUCGCCGCCAUCCGAAGUACCUGCGGCCGAAGUUCCGGUUGCCAGUCAGGAAAAGUUGGAAGAGAGUGCAAACUCCACUUUGAGGAGACUUAGCAGCAGGACACCAUCGCCCGCUCCUCGGCCACUGGUCUGCGAGUGCAGAGGUUCAUCACCAAAGACCACCACCCUCGAGUCUAGAGGUUUGUCGCCGGCACCGGUGCUGCAUUCUGCUGCAGAGUCGAAAGCAUCGUCUCGAGCACCAUCACCAGCGCAUGCAGACGUAGAAUCCAGAGCAUCCUCUCCUAGGCAGCUGUUGAGUAGUUUCAGGAGGCAUGUUAGCAGAAGCCCGUCGCCAGCACAGAUUAUAAGUCAGGCUAGUAGACAUUCCUCACCAGCUGUGGCAGCCGAGAUCGCCAAGAGACAUAGCAGCAGGAGCGCUUCACCUGCUCCACUUCCCGAGGUUUUCAAGUCCCAGACCGUUCCAGCUGACAUCGCCGCAGAUAGCUCGAGCAAAAACACGUCCAGGGCCUCGUUGGCUUCGUUGAAAGAUAGCAAAAGUUCACCGGCUGUAUCCGAGAGAAAUGGAAAAGUCUCGCCAUAUGCGCCUUCGCCAGCUGCGGGAAGCAGAGCCUCGUCCAAAUCACCGGCUCUGUCGACAAGAGCUUCGUUCGGUGUUGGAGACGAGGACGGCGAUUUGCUUUCGGCGUCUGCGGCAGCUGCUCUGAAAGCCAUUGUGCAGAGAGUGACCAGUGAGUUAGCGGAAAAAGCUGUCACUCACCACGACCUUGUGCGAGACGAAGAAAAAAAGACAUCCGACACAAUUCCGGACCAACUUAAGGUACGCCACUGA